AUGCUGGCCCCAAUGGUGGCUGGGGGGGUGGUGUUCCCCGGACUCUUCCUCCUCUCCAAGAACACACUCCAGCGGCUGCCCCAGCUGCGCUGGGAGGAGGCCGACGCGGUCAUUGUCUCAGCCAGGCUAGUGUCCUCUGUCCAAGCCGUCAUGGCCUCCACAGCUGGCUACAUCGUCUCCACCUCCUGUAAGCACAUCAUUGAUGACCAACACUGGCUUUCCUCUGCUUACACGCAGUUUGCAGUGCCCUACUUCAUCUAUGACAUCUACGCCAUGUUCCUCUGUCACUGGCACAAGCACCAGGUCAAGGGGCACGGAGAUGAAGCAGGGGCCAAAGCCCCGGGCAGCACCUGGGCUGUGGCACGCGGCUACCUGCACAAGGAGUUCCUCAUGGUGCUCCACCAUGCCGUCAUGGUGCUCGUGUGCUUUCCGCUGUCGGUGGUGUGGCGUCAGGGCAAGGGAGAUUUCUUUCUCGGCUGCUUGCUGAUGGCAGAGGUCAGCACCCCCUUUGUCUGCCUUGGCAAAAUCCUCAUCCAGUACAAGCAGCAGCACACGCUGCUGCACAAGGUGAACGGCGCCCUGAUGCUGCUCAGCUUCCUCUGCUGCCGGGUGCUGCUCUUCCCCUAUCUGUACUGGGCCUAUGGGCGGCACGCCGGCCUGCCCCUGUUCGCAGUGCCUCUCGCCAUCCCGGCCCACGUCAACCUGGGCGCCGCGCUGCUGCUCGCCCCUCAGCUCUACUGGUUCUUCCUCAUCUGCCGCGGGGCCUGCCGCCUCUUCCGGCCCCGGGGCACCCCGCCGCCCUCUCCUUGCCAGACCAAGGACUGA